AUGGGAGAAAGUAACAGGAUACUCCUGUUGCUGCUGCUGUGGUGUUCGAUCGGUACGCUGGCCAAUCCGACCGGUUCGAAGCGUUCGUUUGAUAGAACAGCGCAACAGUGCGGAUAUGAGAGCUGCCCGGCUUUGAAGGAUAACAUGCUCAAUGUGCAUAUUGUGGCCCACACGCACGACGAUGUCGGUUGGCUGAAGACCGUGGAUCAGUACUACUAUGGAAGUAGAAGCAAUAUCCAGAAGGCGGGCGUUCAGUACAUUUUGGAUUCAGUACUUCAGGAGCUUCUGAAGGAUCAUACGAGACGAUUCAUCUUCGUCGAGUCGGCCUUCAUGCAUAAGUGGUACACGGAGCAAACUACCGCGGUGCAGGAAACUGUACGAAAUCUUGUGGACGAAGGUCGCUUGGAGUUUAUUGGAGGUGCCUGGAGUAUGAACGAUGAGGCUGCGGUUCACUACCAGAGUGUGAUUGAUCAGUUCACCUGGGGCUUGCGGUUCCUGAACGAUACGUUCGGUGAGUGCGGUCGCCCGAAGGCAGGCUGGCAGAUUGAUCCGUUCGGACACUCGCGGGAGCAGGGUUCACUGUUCGUCCAGAUGGGAUACGAUGGUCUGUUCCAGGGACGGUUGGAUUUCCAAGACAAACAAGAGCGUAUCGCCAAACAGACGAUGGAAAUGAUGUGGAAGACAAGUGCGAAUUUAGAGGACAGCGAGCUGUUCACCAGUGGUCUGUACUACAUCUACGCACCACCGCCUGGUUUUUGCUUCGAUGUUCUUUGCAAUGACGAUCCAAUCAUUGACGGGCCAUACUCGAGGGAUAACAACGUGAGGGAGAAGGUUGAUCUUUUCCUCGAGACUGUGCAUAAUAUGUCGAAAACAUAUUUGACUAACAAUAUUAUUCUAACGAUGGGCGAAGAUUUCCACUACCAAGAUGCCAAUAUGUGGUUUAAGAACUUGGAUAAGCUGAUCAAGUACACCAAUGAGCGUCAAACCGAAGGUUCAAUGGUACAUGCAUUUUAUUCCACACCUUCGUGCUAUUUGAAAGCUGUCCACAGCGCUAAAAUAGAAUGGCCUACAAAGUCGGACGAUUUCUUUCCAUACGCGUCGGACCCAAAUGCAUUCUGGACUGGGUACUACACCUCGAGGCCCACGCAGAAGCGUUACGAACGGGAGGGAAACCACUUCCUGCAGGUAUGCAAGCAACUUUCGGCCAUCGCUCCCACUAAGGAAUCGUUCUAUGAGGAUCAUUUGACGGCGCUCCGGGAUGCUAUGGGGGUGAUGCAGCAUCAUGACGCCAUUACCGGUACGGAGAAGCAACACGUGGCAGAUGACUACGCUCGGAUGCUGUAUGAGGCGUUUGAGGCUUGCAGUGCCAAUACACGAUCGGCGUUGAAUCAACUGUCGGGCGAAAGAGACUCGUUCAAGUUCGACUGGACGUACUGCAAGGAGGCGAACGUUAGUGCUUGUGCCUUGACGGAGAGCUCCGACAACAACGUAGUCCUGUUGUACAACCCUCUUGGACACAGUUCGGACGAUUUCGUUCGACUGCCCGUGAAGGAGAGUCACUAUGUGGUUCGAAACGAUCGCGGUCAAACUGUUCCGUCGACUCUGAUUCCUAUUCCGAGUUCGGUUCUGGACCUUCCGUUCCGCCAUAGCGCAGCCACUCACGAGUUGGUGUUUCAUGCUGAAUCGAUUGCUCCGGUAGGCUACCGGUCAUUCUAUGUUUCAAAGGAGGCGGAGAAGAAGGACGCCUCUUCUAGUAUCGCUACAAUUCGUCAGGAAGAACACGUCAGCAUUGGAAACGAUCUUCUCACGGUCCAUUUUGAUGAGAAUGGCUUCAUGAGCUCGAUCACGGUUGAUGGAGCGACGCAUCCUCUGAAACAAAACUUCCUGUUCUACGAAGGAGCUUAUGGAAACAAUGAGGAGAUCAGGAACCGAUCGUCUGGGGCAUACAUCUUCCGUCCGAAUGGAACCGAGAAAGCGGUCACGGAAGUGGUGGAGCUUCAGGUGGUCAAAAGCGAACUCGUACAGGAAGUGCACCAGAUAUUCAACGAAUGGAUCAGCCAGGUUAUCCGAGUGUACGCCGGGCAGGAUCACGUAGAGCUGGAGUGGCUUGUCGGACCGAUUCCGAUCGAUGACGGUACGGGUAAGGAAAUAGUGUCCCGCUUUGAGUCCGAUAUUGCCAGCGAAGGAGUGUUCUGGACGGACUCGAAUGGAAGAGAAAUGCUUCGACGCGUGCGAAAUAAGCGCGAAACAUGGAAUCUUGACCUGGCCGAGCCGAUAUCGGGGAACUAUUAUCCAGUGACUAAUAAAAUCGUCAUUGACGAUGGCAGCUAUCGUUUGGCUCUGUUGAACGAUCGUGCCCAGGGUGGUUCUAGCUUGAGCGAUGGUCAGCUAGAACUUAUGGUUCAUCGUCGUCUAUUGCGGGAUGAUCGAUUUGGAGUUGGGGAGGCACUUAAUGAAACACAAUACGGAACCGGUCUGGUUGCUCGCGGAAAAAUCUUUUUAUUGUUCGGGCAAUACACUAAUUCUAUCUCCCAAAGACCAACCCAAGCAGCAAAAGAACGUUUCUUGCAAAACAAAAUACAUUUGCCUUCUUGGGUGUUUAUUGCUCCCGCAAAUGUAUUUUCUUUAGAAGAGUACAAUUCAGUUUUUGGAAAAAAUUUCACUUUCCUCUCUCAUUCUCUUCCACCCCAUGUUCAUUUGCUUACAUUGGAACCGUGGAAGGACAGCACUGUUCUAGUGCGAUUUGAGCACUUGUUUGAGAAAGGUGAGGACAAUGAGUUUUCGUUGGCAGUCCAAAUCGAUCUGCAGCAUCUGUUUAAUAACAAGACGAUUGCCAGUCUUCGGGAAACUACUUUAGCAGGAAAUCAGUGGAAGGAAGACGUGCAUCGUAUGGAGUAUGGAUUAAAACGAAAAGCAUCUAAAAGUUCACAGAACAAUCAUGAGGACGAUCGUUUCACAAUCGAGUUGCAGCCGAUGGAGAUCAGAACGUUUAUCAUUCGAUUUGAAUAGAAUUUACACAUUUAUUCAAUUUAAUAACAGUACACUUUUUUUCACAAAAGGCUAUGUUUAGACUAUGGUAAAAAGGUGUUGGAUGGGUUUAGACUAUGGUAAUUGAUGGAUUACUAUUAGAAAAAACUACUAUUGUUACAAAAUACUAGUAAACUUUCUUCUUGAGUUGCAUGUUUUACAAUU